AUGGCGGCGGAGAACCACUGCGAUUUCCCGGUUUCCCCCAUCGGUGGCCUCGGCGGCGGAGGCCCGGGCGGGCCGUGCCGCCGGUGCAGCUCAGCGCCGCCGCCCGGCACGCUGCCCGGCAAGUGGGUGCGGCUGAACGUGGGGGGCACCUGCUUCCUGACCACUCGGCAGACGCUCUGCAGGGACCCCAAGUCCUUCCUCUUCCGCCUGUGCCAGGCCGACCCCGACCUGGACUCGGACAAGGAUGAAACAGGUGCCUAUUUAAUAGACAGAGACCCGACCUACUUUGGGCCAGUGCUGAACUAUCUCAGACAUGGGAAACUGGUUAUUAACAAGGACCUAGCUGAGGAAGGUGUACUGGAAGAGGCUGAAUUCUACAAUAUCACAUCACUAAUAAAACUGGUAAAGGACAAAAUAAGAGAAAGAGACAGCAAAAUCUCACAGGUACCAGUCAAACAUGUGUACAGGGUGCUGCAGUGCCAGGAAGAGGAACUCACUCAAAUGGUUUCCACAAUGUCCGAUGGCUGGAAAUUUGAACAGCUUGUCAGUAUAGGUCCCCAGUACAGCUGUGGCCGGGCCCAGCAGUCAGAGUAUCUGCUGAUAGUGUCACGGGAAGUGAAAGGGGAAGAGAGAUGCUUCCAGAAAUGCUGCAGUGAGCUGGUCAGUAUUGGUUCUUCCUAUAACUAUGGCAAUGAAGAUCAGGCUGAAUUUCUGUGUGUUGUCUCAAAGGAAUUGCAUAACACUCCCUAUGGCACAACCAGUGAACCCAGUGAAAAAGCGAAGAUUUUGCAAGAACGAGGUUCCAGGAUGUGAAGACAGUAUUGAACGGUGACAGUUUUUUCUCUUUUAUUCCAAGACACAGUGAAUUGUCACACUGAAGAGGCUCGGCUACAAAAGAAAAAAUCGGAUUUAGACAAUUUUCUGUUGAUCUGGGUUCAACCAUUUUUGCCUAUAAGCUGGUGUCAACUGGCUGAAAGCAUUGCAAGAUUACAUAAUGGGAAUAGAUGGUGUGGGAGUGUGUGUUAAGUUUUGGUUGUAGUGCAUGGUUGUACUCUCUUGUGGGCUGACUGACACUGGUCAUUUGAAAAGAAAUGACCGUGCACUCAUAUUUUCCUCUGAGACAUGUAGCACUUAAUGUCUGGUGCUGGAUGACCCAGUGUUGAUCAGUUCGGAGACAUUUUCCUACUAAUCGUUGUAAACAUUUAAAGGACAAUGUAAUUGGUGCUACACACACACACAUACACACAUCACAGCCCACAAAUGCAAAUAUUUGGGCCUACAUUGUUUCAGAAUCAGUGGCAGCCCCAGUUGACUGUGUUAUACUGCACAUUCCUUAUGGCUCUGUGACAUACUCUAUUAUGUAGUAACAGCCUAGGAGAUCAACUGAAACUAGCACGUAAAAAGUUACACAACAGACAAAAGGUUUCUUUAAAGGAAGGGUGUAUAUAUUGACUGGAUUUAUAGCAUAUUUUAAUACCCAAAGGGAAGACUAAACUCAGAGAAAAUGGCCUUCAUCUGAGUUGUUCUUGAUGUUUCUUCUGUUAAAACAGUCUCUUCCUGCAAAAGUUAUGCUCCAGUCUUAGCCAGAUGUUUGGAAGGGGAAUCAAAAUUCACUUAAAAUGAACAACUGAACAUUCUGUUUCUUCUGAGAUGUUUGUACUCAUAUGUGUGUUUGUGCUUUUAUAAAAUGCCUAUAAGCAUUGAACUCUGUGGAUUAUGGUAGAGAUUUUUCAAGAGCUGGAUGUUGUAGAGGAAUAUGGCUGGCUAGUCCUAGAUCUCUAUCUCUGUGACUGGGAUUAAAAUCAACCUUGAGUGUGAACACAAGCUCAUCCAACAGAAAAAUACUUCAGACAUUCAGGAUACCUGUAAUCAAUCUUUCUCUUUCUAUACUGUUUCAACUAUGCAGUUAAAGAACACUGUUUGAAAACAUCUGGUGCAGCUUUGUUAGUUUGUCCUUUAUGAAGGCUAAUACCCAAGACUGGAGCUUUUUAAUACACUAUGUUUUGAGCAAAAUCUUUAGCACAUCUUCAAAACACUUAAUGAAAUUGACAGUAUAAACCUCAGCUUCAUUGACUUAUGAAAGCAGUGGAAGGGAGUUUCAAAAAGCUACAAGAUUGUUUUGAAUUCUAAAGACAUUACAGUUUUCAUUCUCAGUAACUUCAGAACUUAUGCAUAUACUCCAGGUAAUCCUUUACAGAAAAGCCUGAUUGGAUUUUCAAACACCCAGUCUACUCUUUUUUUUUUUUUUUUUUUUUUAAAGGACUUACUAUACAUUGAUACAAGUUUGGCGGAAACGAUUUGUAAAAACCAUUUCUACUAAGCAGGUUAAGCAAUGGGCUAAAUGUUUUGUCCAUGCAUCUAAUGCUUGAAAGGGUUUGUAAUGCAUUUUGCGACUUGGAUGUGGUCUGCACAGGAAGCUGCUGGCCCCUCCACAACAACACAUAAAAUGUUUGUCUUUUUUUAAGAUGUUAAAACUGAAUUGAAUUUACUAAAAAUGUAAUUGUGUAGGGGGAAAUGUUUAUACUUUUAUACUUUUUUAGGCACCCAUAUUUUAUCAGCUUAAAUUUAGCACCCAAAUUUCCCCUAAAUAGUGACAGAUUAUCUUGUGUAUCUGAAAAUAAGCAUAACAGUUGUCUGUGUUAACUGCAUAUUAAAACAUUUCCUCUGC